CGAAUCCCCAACAAGGAGCGGAGCCCGCGGCCGCCGCCGCCGCAGCCGCUGCCGCCGCCGCCGCCCGCCCGCUGGCGCCCGCGCAGGCCCGGCCGCGGCCCAGCUCCUGGCAACCACCAUUCCACUGUCUGCUUCUCCGCGUUUGACUAUUAUAGAUUCCUCAUGCCCGGUGCCCUGGCACCUCCUGUCCGCUGAGCCAUGGCCACCCCCGACGUGAGCGUCCACAUGGAGGAGGUGGUGGUGGUAACGACGCCCGACACGGCGGCGGAUGGCAGCGGCAUGGAGGAGGUGAAGACCGUGCUGGUCACCACCAACCUGGCCCCGCACGGGAGUGACCUGACGGAGGGUAACAUGGAGACGGAAAACGCCGCGGCAGCUGCUGCAGCCGCGUUCACAGCGUCCUCGCAGCUCAAGGAGGCCGUGUUAGUGAAGAUGGCUGAAGAGGAGGAGAGCCUGGAGGCCGAGAUCGUGUACCCCAUCACCUGCGGGGACAGCAGAGCCAACCUGAUCUGGAGGAAGUUUGUGUGCCCCGGCAUCAAUGUGAAGUGUGUUCAGUACGAUGAGCAUGUCAUCAGCCCCAAGGAGUUUGUGCACCUGGCCGGCAAGUCCACCCUGAAGGACUGGAAGCGAGCCAUCCGCAUGAACGGCAUCAUGCUCAGGAAGAUCAUGGACUCCGGGGAGCUGGACUUCUACCAGCAUGACAGGGUCUGCUCCAACACCUGCCGCAGCACCAAGAUCGACCUCUCGGGGGCCCGUGCAUCCCUGGGCAGCCCCACGCCUGCCGAGUACAUCCCGCUCACGCCUGCCACGGCCGAUGUGAACGGUGCUCCUGCCACUAUCACCAUCGAGACUUGUGAGGACCCUGGGGACUGGACCACAGCCGUCGGAGAUGACACGUUUGCCUUCUGGCGAGGGCUGAAGGACGCAGGCCUGCUGGACGAGGUCAUACAGGAGUUCCACCAGGAGCUGGUGGAGACCAUGAAGGGUCUGCAGCAGCGGGUCCAGGACCCUCCCCUGCAGCUCCGAGACGCCGUCCUCCUCAACAACAUCGUGCAGAACUUCGGCAUGCUGGACCUCGUGAAGAAGGUGCUGGCCAGCCACAAGUGCCAGAUGGACCGCUCGCGGGAGCAGUACGCCCGCGACCUGGCAGCCCUGGAGCAGCAGUGUGACGAGCACCGCCGUCGGGCCAAGGAGCUCAAGCACAAGUCGCAGCACCUCAGCAACGUGCUCAUGACGCUGACGCCUGUCUCCCUGCCCCCCCCCGUGAAGCGGCCCCGGCUCGCAAGGGCCACGUCCGGGCCGGCCGCCAUCGCCUCGCAGGUGCUCGCCCAGUCCGCCCAGAUCGCCCUGACCCCCGGUGUGCCCGUCUCCCAGCUCACCAGCGUGCCGCUGGGCAAAGUGGUGUCCACCCUGCCCUCCCCCAUGCUGGGCAAGGCCAUGCCCCAGGCUGCUCCGGCAAGCUCCCCCGCUUCACCGCUGCUUGGGGGCUACACGGUGCUGGCCUCCUCGGGCACUACCUUCCCCAGCACGGUGGAGAUCCACCCGGACGCGUCCAGCCUCACGGUCCUGAGCACAGCCGCCAUGCAGGACGGCAGCACUGUGGUCAAGGUGGUGAGCCCGCUGCAGCUGCUCACCCUGCCCGGCCUGGGCCCCACCCUGCAGAACGUGGCCCAGGUGUCGCCCGGGGGCAGCACCAUCGUGACGGUGCCCACGGGGGCUGUUGAGAGCGCCGUGGCCGCCCCGGGACCCGAGGAGCACACGGCCACCAUCGAGGUGGCCGCCAUGGCGGAGGGCCAUGAGCACAAGUAGCCGUUGGCGGAGGGCGAGGCCCCUCGUGAGCACAGGGCUGGCCGCCUCUCCUCAGGCCGUGGCUGGCCGGGAGCACAGCGCUGGCGCCCGGCGGGCCACGCGGGGCUGCUGAACCAAAGAGAGGAAACGCCAAAACAGACGGAGAGGAGAGGAGAGGGACGUGGCAGCAGCCUGAGACGGGUCCCCGGGUUCUGAGCCUCCUCCCCUGUUUUCUGGGAAAUAUAUUUUUCCAUCUGUUGCUUAUUAAUACUGUUUACAUGUGGGGCCUUGGUCAGGAGCCAGGCCGGGGAGGCCAAGGGGGCCCAGGUGCAGCUGGCAGCAGAAGCAGGGCGGGGGGCGGGGCCUGGCCCACCGGCUGGGCCGGGCCGUUACUGACACGUGUCUUGGGAACUGUCCCAAGUGUGGAAACCCAUGGAUCCUAUGGAUUUGGUCUCUUCCCACAGUUUUCUGUAGGUUUAGCGUGGCCAGCGCCCUGUUCUCCCACCUCUGGAACAGGCAUCAGUGGUGCUGCAGGGCACCCAGGGGUCGGGGUGCAGACCCCGGGGCACCUGCCUGGCCAGAGGGGCCGAGGGGCCUGAGCAGCACAGGCCGGGGGGGGGCACCCCGCCCCCACUCCUGCCUGGCAGGUGCUCAGGGGCUCAGGGGCCAUUGCACACGCUCUGGGGGUAUUUUUAAGUGAACUCCUUAGUAGGCUUCUAGGAAGAGUCAGGUUUAUAGUGUUUUCAACCUAAACGACGCUGAGUGCCUAGGCUUCCCGAUCUGUUCUGGGUUCCAGAGUGUUUUGUACACAGGGACUGUCGGGAAGGCCCCAGGGGAGCAAGAUGGUGGGCGUCCCCCGCGGCUUUGGCCUGAGGAGGGCGCGUGGAAAGAACAAGCAGGGGCUCUGGAGGGUUCACUCCCAGUUGGGACGCGCCUCAGGUCAGGGCUCGUGAUCCCCUGUGUUCAGCGUGCUGGUGGGGCCCCCUCCUGGAGGCGGGCGUUCGGGGCCAGUGCUGGGUGAGGUGGGGGCACCCAGAUGCUCGCGGGAAGGAUGUCCGUGGGCCAGUCGGCCCUCUGCCCUUCUGGUUGUGGACUCAGGAGGAAGACCAGGGAGGGGCCUUCCUGCAGGCCUUGAGCCACUGCAGCAGAGGGUCCCCACGGGCACCCUGGGCCUCCUGUCUGUCACCUGUGGAGACCCAGAGAGAAGCCACUGCCCGCCUCGCACUUUGAAGGGAACUGGGCUCCGUCCAUCCAUCCAUCCGUCCUUCCGUCUGUCAGGCGGCCUGGACGCCCCCUCAGCACCCUCGCCCCGCGUCAAGCACCGAGGCUGUUUUGUUUCUGUCAGGUCCGGUUGGCCGUUGUCUCGGGCCUGCUGGUUUCAGCGCGGUGUCACUUCCCUGUUUGCUACACGCUCCUCUUCCAGGCGCGUCUCAUACACGUGUGGUGGGAGCCCGUGGGCUAGGCGCCCAGCCCGUCCCGAGUCUGGCUCAGACCGUAUCAGAACGCGUCGCGAGUGGAGCCGGGCGUCUUGUGCUUGGAGCCUCUCCGGUCAGACCUGCCACCUCUCGGAAGCCGCCCCGCCCGCAGGCCACGUGGCACCGGGAGGAAAGUUGGUUUCAGAGCCACACGGACGGAAGCCACCGACAGCUGCUCCUGUGGACACCGGCGCCUGGCGGGCCCUGAACCCGGGGUGUGGGGAGGGGCCCACUGUCCUCCAGGAAACCUCAGCCCACUGUGGGGUCGGGCCAUCUCGCUGUCGCCACCCGCCACUUCCCCCUUCCACCCACUGGGUGCGUGCAGGCUGUCCCGGCUCGGGCGUCUGGGAAGGUAGAACCGGAUCUGUGGGGCUCGGAGGCAGCCUGGGGAAGGGAGGCAUCUGAGUUCUACUUUGUAUGUUGUUUUGCAAGUAUCUGCUUGGUACUUUGAUUUAAAAUAAAAACGUUUUUCAUAA